AUGCAUUUCCGGUCCCUUCUUUCCCUGGCAGCCUUGACGGCGACCUCCUUUGCAAAGACUCACAACUUCGACUGGAACAUCACCUGGGUCACUGCGAACCCAGACGGCCUGCAGCCGCGUCCUGUCAUUGGAAUCAACAACGAGUGGCCGCUGCCGCUGCUCAACUUCACCAAGGGCGACCGGGUGGUUGCCAACGUCUACAACGGACUUGGUAACGAGUCGACGAGCGUUCACUUUCACGGAUUCUUCCAGAAUGGCACAACGGAGAUGGAUGGGCCGCCUGGGCUGGUGCAGUGCAACAUCCCACCGGGAGAGACAAUGCUUUACAACUUCACUAUUGACCAAUCUGGCACAUACUGGUACCACUCGCAUACCAAAGGCCAGUACCCGGACGGCUGGCGUCAAGCCCUUGUCAUCCACGACGAGAACGACCCGUACAUUGGCAAAUACGACCACGAAUAUGUCAUCACCCUGUCGGACUGGUACCACGACCAGAUGCCCAAGCUGCUGAAGGAAUUCAUCAGCGUCGAGAACCCUACUGGUGCUGAGCCCGUCCCCAAGUCUGCACUGAUGAACGAGACGCAGAACUUGACGGUUGCGGUCGAGCCUGGCAAGACGUAUCUCUUCCGUCUGGCGAACAUUGGCGCGUUCGCUAGUCAGUACUUCUGGAUCGAGGACCACGAGAUGCAGAUUGUCGAGGUGGACGGUGUCUGGACCGAGCCUGCGACUGCUGAGCGGAUCUAUAUUGCUUCGGCGCAGCGGUACAGCUUCCUCGUUACGAUGAAGAAUGAGACCGACAAGAACUAUGCCAUGGUUGGGAGCAUGGACACUGAUCUCUUCGACACACUGCCUGAUACCCUCAACUACAACGUCACCGGCUGGCUAGUCUACGACGAUUCCGCCAACAAACCUGCCCCAGCAGACGUCGCCGACUUCGACUACUUCGACGACUACACCCUCGUCCCAUACGACAGGGUGGAAGCCCUCCCAGACGCCGACAUGACCAUCACCUUCGACCUGACCAUGGACAAUCUCGGCGACGGCGCCAACUACGCCUUCUUCAACGGCAUCUCCUACGUCGCCCCCAAAGUCCCCGUGCUAUACUCCGUCAUGAGCACCGGCUCCGCCGCCUCAAACGCCACAAUCUACGGCACAGACACGCACGCCUACGUGCUCAAAAAGGACGACAUCGUCGACAUCGUCCUCAACAACGACGACACCGGGAAACACCCGUUCCACCUGCACGGCCAUGCCUUCCAGGUCCUCUGGCGCAGCGGCGACAACGAGGGCCACUAUAACCCGGACAACGUGACGUUCGCCUCCACGCCCGUCCGCCGCGAUACACUCAUCGUCAGCCCGAUGGGCAACUUUGUCGUGAGAUUCAAGGCUGAUAACCCUGGAGUCUGGUUCUUCCACUGCCACAUCGAAUGGCACAUGGACGCCGGCCUGGCCGCCGUCAUGGUCGAAGCGCCGAUGUAUCUACAGGAAAACCUCGAUAUCCCGCAGAACCACUACGACGUCUGCGCUGCGGCUGGGACGCCCACGCAGGGUAAUGCCGCCGGCAACACGGAGGACUACUUCGACCUGAGCGGCGAGAAUAAGGCAGUCGCCCCCUUGCCGGCGGGCUUCACGGCCAGGGGCAUCGUCGCGCUGGUGUUUAGUUGUGUUGCGGCGUUUGUGGGGCUCGCGAGUAUUGUUUGGUAUGGGCUUGCGCCGAUUCAGGGGGGGAGGGUUGUCAUGUAG